GUUUGGUUCUGUAGCUUCCUCUGUGCUCUGUGCUUCUCUUACUUUUACUCUCACUUCUUUCUCUUUCUUUUGUUAAUCUUCUUUGUUUUUGUCUCACUCUGCUUCCUCUUGGAGUCUGGGCAUGUUUCUUUUGUCGCAUCUCGUUUAUUUUCCUCUCUCAGAAGUCUGUGUGUGUUCACAGUCUUUCCUUUUUUGUCUUUUAUCUUUCUGUUCCAGUUUUAUUUCUGUAGUCAUAUGAUAGAUCUAAAAGACAGAAUGUUUUUUUCUGUUCCUCAUGAGGAUCUUUGAGUGUGUUUUUAUCUGAGUGUUUCAUUUUGUGUGUGCAUGUGAACACAUGCAGUAUAUUGACUGUUACUGCAUGCAUGCGGACAUGUUUGUGUAUGAAUGUGUGUGCGUGUAGGGGCGUGUUUCAGACAUGGAGAUGAACUUUGUGUUGCUGUGCGUGAUGCUAAUAGCCAGUGUGACACCUGCGUCUGCUGCAGCUCAGCCAGGUAUCAUAGAGAGCCUCCUAAUGGCCACCCACCAGCGUCCCUGGCUCUGGGGUGUCUAUGUCUUCACUGUUGGACUUCCCAUCAUUCUCUUCAUUAGCUUCAUGUGGCCUGACGUGAGGUUUGGGCCCCCUGAUCAACAGUAUUACUACAAGAAGUCUGAUGAUGCUCAGCCAGAUGACCCUGAGUUCUCACAGCGGACAGAGGCAGUGGAUAUAAAAGGAAAGGCUGACAGAGCUGCAACAAGGAGGAGAGACACUCAUGGUAAACAGAUGAAAUCUGACUUAGACCUGAAGGAACGUUGAUCAGUGCAACAACCUCAGGAGUGGAAAGCACCACUACAGUCAAGAAGACGCUGAGCAAUCACAUCUUUGGCCAGUCUAACUGAUGACUGGAUGAAACUACACAGUGUGAACACAGCGUCUGAGGACUGACAAAUAGGCAAAUCUUUUAUUUCCAAGUAUUAUCAUAUGUUUAUAAGUAUUUCUCAAUGUUCCCAUUAAUUGUAUUAUUCUUAGUGCGCAAACACUGCCAAACAAAAUACAAAAUAUGUUCUACCUCUGCUUCUAAGAGUAUUACAUUUGCAGUUGGAAUAAAGGAUUUGAACCCCCCAGCUUGU